UUUCUUUUCUCUAUCUCCAGAUUCAUUUGAUUUAUGUGAUUAUGUCAGGAAAGACGUAGGACCCUUUCCAUUUUUUUGCCUAUAAAUAUACAUACUUAUACCCCUUCAGUUCAGAAUCAGAGAGAGAAAAGAACAAACCCAAGAUUUUAGUUUUAGUAUUUGAAUCUUUAGAUCAAAAGAAUGGCAGAGGAAGUAGUAUUGCUGGAUUUCUGGCCAAGUCCGUUUGGGAUGAGAUCCAGGAUUGCUUUGGCUGAGAAAGGGAUUAAGUACGAACACAAGGAAGAAGACUUGAGGAACAAGAGUGCUUUACUGCUGCAGAUGAACCCUGUUCAUAAGAAAAUCCCUGUUCUUAUCCAUAACGGUAAACCUGUUUGUGAGUCGCUCAUUCAGGUUCAGUACAUCGACGAGGUAUGGCAUGACAAAGCUCCUUUGCUCCCUUCUGACCCUUACCAAAAAGCUACUGCUAGAUUCUGGGCUGAUUAUGUUGACAAGAAGAUACGUUCUUUUUCUUUUUCUUUUUUUAUAUAUGAACUGGGGGGCAGAGUAUGGAAGACAAAGGGAGAAGAGCAAGCAACAGCAAAGAAAGAAUUGAUAGAAACCCUGAAGCUGUUGGAAAAGGAGCUUGGGGACAAGCCUUACUUUGGAGGGGAAAGUCUUGGAUAUGUGGAUGUUGCAUUCAUUCCGUUUUAUAGCUGGUUUUAUGCUUUGGAGAAGUGUGGGAACUUCAGCAUUGAAGCAGAGUGUCCCAAACUGAUAGCAUGGGCUAAAAGGUGCAUGCAAAAGGAGAGUGUAGCCAAGUCCCUUCCUGACCAACAAAAAGUCUAUGAUUUUAUCCUGGAGAUGAAGAAACAUUUUGGAAAUGAGUAAUUCCAGCCUUUGUUUAUGAUUUUAAAUAAAAUGGGGACAUUUAUGUUGUGCCUGCCCUGUUCUCAGUUCUUCUAUUUUUCCUAUUUCAAUCGAUCAGAUGGUUUGGGAUUUUUAAAUUAAAAGUAAUCAGUCCUAUA